GAGUUCUACAACUCUUAAAUCUCCUUAAAAUAGAAUGUUCAGAGCAGCUUCAGGUAACAUGUGCCACAAGUAAUUAAGUUAUGUGUGAAAGGGCCAAAAUUAUGCAAGCCUGGAAUUUGAACUCAAAUAUAAAGGGAAACCUUGGAAUGGACUCUGUGGGAAAGAAUAACAGCACUCUUUCAAUGGUAGGAAAAAUGCUGCGUGGUUAUGUGCACGGGACACUUGUAUUCUUCAGCUUAAGUCUGAUAUUCUUCACACCUCAGUGUGAGGGAGGAAACAUUCUGGUGUUCCCUGUGGAUGGCAGCCACUGGAUCAAUAUGAAGGUUUUACUAGAAGACCUUCAUGCCAGGGGACACAACAUCACUGUGGUCAGAGCCUCCAGCAGCUGGUACAUCCCAGAGCAGUCUCCUCUCUACACGUCAGUUACACUUGAAAUGGAGAAUGAGUUUGAAGACUUCUUUGACGUGUUCCUAGCGGAGCAGCUGAAGGUGCAGCGGGAAGGGGCUUCACUGCUGACUUUUCUCAAGCUCACCAAGUAUUUCCUUGCUAUGAUCACAGAGGCCCAUUCAUUAUGGUGUGAGGCUACAGCUCGAUUAUUUGACAAUCAGGAUUUAGUCAAAAGCUUUAUAGAUUCACAAUAUGAUCUGGUUCUUACUGAUCCGGCCAUGAGCAGUGGGGUUCUGUUAGCCAAGUACCUCAAACUGCCCUUGGUGCUCAAUGUGCGCUGGAUCACCAGUGGAGACGGCCACUUUAUUUUGGCCCCUUCACCACUCUCCUAUAUCCCAGUUCCAGGAUCAGGAUUAACAGAUAAGAUGAACUUCAUUCAGAGGGUGAAAAACAUGUUUUUCCAUGGAAUCAUACUGUUCCAGGAGAAAUUCAUGGUGGGGCCCAUCUAUGACUCCAUUUGUGAUAAAUACAUUGAAGGUGGAUGUGACAUUGUUUCACUGCUUCAGGAGGCAGACAUUUGGCUUUUCAGAUCAGAUUUUGUGUUUGAUUUCCCUCGUCCUACAAUGCCAAACGUUGUGUACAUCGGAGGAUUUCAGUGCAAACCAGCUCAGCCUCUGCCAGCAGACCUGGAGGAGUUUGUUCAGAGUGCUGGGGAGGAUGGAGUGAUCAUCAUGACUCUGGGAACUCUCGUUAACGCUUUGCCAAACGAAGUCGCACAGGAAAUUGCCAGUGUCUUUGCCAAGAUGCCCCAGAAAGUGAUAUGGAGGCACAAGGGGGAGCGUCCGUCUACGCUGGGAAACAACACUCUGAUCGUGGACUGGAUGCCACAGAAGGACCUUCUGGGUCAUCCACAGGUCAAGGUUUUUGUAGCUCACGGAGGAACCAAUGGAGUCCAGGAGGCCAUCUACCACGGCGUCCCUGUUCUAGGAAUACCCUUGUUCUUUGACCAGUAUGACAACCUUCUACGUUUGCAGGAGAGAGGAGCUGCAAAGAUCAUUCAGCUAGCUGAUGUGAACGGUCACACCUUUGAGGAAGGUAUUAAGGAAGUGCUCCACCAAGACAGCUACAGGCAGAAUAUGCAAAGACUGUCACGUUUACACAGAGAUCAACCCAUGACACCCAUGGAUCAGGCUGUUUUCUGGGUAGAGUAUGUGAUUCGCCACAAAGGAGCACCUCAUCUACGUACAGCGGCCUACAAGAUGCCCUGGUACUCUUACUACUGUUUAGAUGUGAUACUCUUAAUGGUGACUGUCACAGCUGUGCUCCUUCUCUCUGUUCUUGUUAUUUUUAGAUUUCUAUGCUGCAGGAGCAGAAGAAAGCUAAAAGUUAAACAUAAUUAACUAUUGUCACAUUUCUAAAAAAAUAUAUCUCAGUGAGUUCUCAGAAGUACAAUAUUUAUAAAUUUACAUCCGUGAUCCAAUACAUUUAGGUCGCGGAGGUGAGGAAAAUCUCAUUACAAUAGCACUCUUCAAGCAGUGAACUGCUUUUUUUUUUGUCAGACAGCAUGUGACAGAACCAAGUGUACCAAGUUGAUGCUCAGGAAGCAGGAAAAAUGGAAACAAUAAUAGAAGGUCUAUUAUAAAAACAACCUUUUUGCUGCACUUGACAGCAUGUUUCACUCACUGAGCCUGCUAAGUUAGCUGUUAGCAGCUCUGUUAUGGAGCAGAUGUAUCUGUCCUUCCCAUCUUUAUCUCCACCUUAGGUCUCAUCCUACAACUUCAAAAUACCAAUAUAUUUUUACUGAUAAUAUUGAUAUUAUCAGUACUUUUUCUUGUGUUUUACCUAUCAAUUAUGUUUUGGGUAACCACUAACCAGCACAAAAGAGUUUCUUUAAAGGAGCUUGAGGCUCCUUUUAAGAAAUG